GGUCUUCUUCCACUCCGCCGUGUAAGUAUAGAAAUGAAAACCAAAAGUCACCCUUUCAUAUUAGCUUAGCAAGUAGACAUUAAAUUCAUACCCAGAAGUCUAUCUCAUGUUUCCUGUAAAUUUCUUCUACAGACGUGCAGAUUGGACAAACAAUUUGAUUAAGUAUUGUCCAAGAAAUGUGCCUAUAAAUUCCCAUACCUUCCUCACAAUUUUUCAUUCAAGCAACAAAGCUCAAUGGCACACCGAUCUCUCCCUUCAUUGGCCCUCCUCUGUCUUAUCCUAGUGGCCUCGAUCUCGAACACUCGUGCAGGCACAAUAACGGUCUAUUGGGGCCAGAAUGGGAAUGAGGGCAGCUUGGCUGAUACCUGCUCAUCGGGCAAUUAUGGAAUUGUCAAUAUUGGUUUCUUGAUUGUUUUUGGCAAUAACCAAACCCCGCAGCUGAAUCUGGCUGGCCAUUGCUCUAAUGAUUGUACGGGGUUGAGCAACGACAUUAGAGCAUGCCAGAAUCAAGGCAUCAAGGUGUUGCUUUCCCUCGGAGGUGCCGGAGGAAGCCCUUUUCUGACCUCUGCGGAGGAUGCCAGGCAAGUUGCAGAAUACCUAUGGAACAAUUUUCUUGGUGGCCAAUCAAGCUCACGGCCAUUAGGAGAUGCUGUUCUAGAUGGGAUUGAUUUUGACAUAGAGGGAGGCACGAACCAGCACUGGGAUGAGCUAGCCAAAGCCUUGUCGGAGUACAAGCAGCAGAGGACGGUGUACCUGUCGGCAGCUCCACAGUGCCCAUUUCCGGAUGCAUGGAUGGGCACAGCGAUUGCCACAGGCCUAUUCGACUAUGUUUGGGUCCAAUUCUACAACAAUGACUGCCAAUUCUCCGGCAACGCCGACAAACUUAUCAGCGCCUGGAACCAAUGGACCACAAUUCAAGCCGGUCAAGUAUUUUUGGGGUUGCCUGCAGCCCCAGAAGCAGCCGGAUCUGGCUACAUCGCACCGGACGUGCUUGUUUCCCAGGUCCUGCCGUCCAUCAAGACUUCCCCCAAGUAUGGAGGUGUCAUGCUUUGGUCUAAAUAUUAUGAUAAUGGCUAUAGUGCAGCCAUUAAGUCCAGUGUUUGAAGUCUUGUCUUCUUAUAUAUGUUUACUUCUAAUAUGGUAAAAUAAAUGAGCAUUUGAUACUUUCUGAAGCUUCCCAGAUAAAGCUGAAUGAAAUAUGAAUUUUCUGCUUUCAUGAUUAA